CGCCCCUCCGGACAGCCCCACUGCAGUAGCGAGCGCACAGUCCGGGAAGUUCCCCUCACUUUGUUCCAGAGCCGAGCAGGACGGACCGGGUCCGGGACCAGAUCUACACGGGUCUCCUCAUCCUGAGACUGGAGGCGGCUCGGAUCCGGACUCUGUGCUGGUUUUACGCGUCUCUGGCUCGGGUCUGUGCCGGGACCAACGGGGGUCCGAGGAAACCUGGAGGGACUGCGUUAACCUGCGCGUGGAGACGUUUCCUCUGACUGAUUGAUUAUUCAUUGAUUAUUGAUUGAUUACUUAUUGACUGGCGAUGUGUCGGACUGUGUAAAGUCCAGCUCUCAUCAUGGACCCCCCUUUGCUGCUGCUGGUGAUGAUGAUGAUGAUGAUGAUGAUGAUGAUGAAGACUUGUGGCAGCAGUAGAGUGACGGAGACGUUCGGAGGGACAAGAAACAAACGCUAUGCCAUCAACCCAGUGGGACAUAAGUGGACUCACCACAACAUCACGUACAGGAUCAUAAAGUUUCCAAACACUCUGAACGUCGAGGACACGAGGAAGGCCAUCAGCAUCGCCUUCACCAAGUGGAGCGAUGUGUCUCCGCUGACCUUCACCGAGGUUACCGACAGCAAUGCCACCACUGACAUCACCAUUGGUUUCUACACCUUCAACCACACUGACUGCUGGUGGUCUCCUCUCCACCCGUGUUUCGACGGGCUGAAUGGUGAGCUGGCUCACGCCUUCCUGCCACCACGCGGCGAAAUCCACUUUGACAACCAUGAAUUCUGGAUCCUCGGCAAGUCCAGGUUCAGCUGGAAACAAGGGGUGUGGCUCAAUGACCUGGUCCAGGUGGCGGCUCAUGAGAUCGGUCACGCUCUCGGUCUGUGGCACUCCAGAGACCCUCAGGCUCUGAUGCAUCCCAACGCCACGUACACAGGGCAGAGGAACAUCGCACAGGAUGACGUCUGGGGCAUCCAGCGACUUUACGGGUGUCUGGAUAAGAAGAGGGUCUGUGAUCCGUGGGCUCGGCUCGGAUUUUGUGAGCGGAGGAAGACCUUCAUGAAAAAGAACUGUCCUCAGCGCUGUGACCUCUGCUAUGAGCCUCUAGAAGCCGUUACCACGCCGACGCCUCCUCCAGCCAAUGUCAAGAUCAAGAUGGUUCCCCGGGGCAAGGUGGUGGGUUUCCGCUGUGGAACCAAAAACCCCCGCUCACCGCCCAAAGUCAGCUGGUAUAAAGACGGCGAGCAGAUCCUGACCUCCAUCCCCGGCUACAUCGUCAUGAAAGACCGAGACCUCCGCAUCGUAGCCAACGAGUUCAACGAGGGCGUUUACACCUGCCGCGUCCACCGGCGGGGAGACAUUGUGUCCGCCAACUCCUGGGCCAUCCGACUGAAACCAGAACAGCCAUCCAACAGCUGAGAAGGUCGACCGGGACGGAGAGUUGGAGGAAAAAUCAAACACACAAAAAUAACUUUGAUCGGAUGUUUGAACUCAAAGGAGGAUGUUGAGUUCUGACCUUUUUCAGGUAUUUCUGAUGUUUCGUUCUCAUGUACUCAAGGUGCUUUGACUCCAAUUUGGAUUCAGUUUCUGUAAUAAAUCAUGAAGAAAACAGACUUUCAGAUGUUCAGGAACUCUGGGAACAGAUGGAACCUGUGCAGCUCUGUGGUAACAGCAUGAUCCUUCUGAAAGGACUAAAUGUACACAUAACCCUGCAGGAUCUUAUUUACACGUAAAUACCUUCACAUCCAGCACCUGUUGUCCUCCUGUAGGAUAUCAGGCACCUGUAAGUCUCACAGCAGGACCACAUGUAUCUGUAAUGUCCCAGUAGGACAUCAUAUCCCUGGAAAAUCUCCAGCAGGGUCUCAUGGACCUGUAAUCAAUCAUCUCUGCAUCACAUUAUGUCCACAUAAUUCUCCUGAUCAGAUGUCAUGUCCCCGUAAUCUUGUAGGAUGUAAUGUCUUCAUAAUCCUGAAGUCCUCUCUCUCUCCCCCUGUGGCUGACUGCAGAAUAGCUCAUGAAGCCUGCUGCCUUCAUGUUAGCAGAUAGGACAAACUAAAAAGUCAAACAAAUGAUGAUGUGUAUUUUGUACUUCUCACUGUGACACAAUAUGACGCAGGACAAUAUGACACAGUACAAUAUGACACAGUACAGUAUGACACAGUACAAUAUGACACAAUAUGACAGUACAAUAUGACACAGUACAGUAUUACACAGUAUGACACAAUAUGACACAAUAAUACACAGUACAGUAUGACACAAUAUGACACAAUACAAUAUGACACAAUAUGACACAGUACAGUAUGACACAAUAUGACACAGUACAAUAUGACACAAUAUGACAGAGUACAAUAUGACACAGUACAGUAUGACACAGUACAGUAUGACACAAUAUGACACAAUAUAACACAGUACAAUAUGACACAGUACAGUAUGACACAAUAUGACACAAUAUGACACAGUACAGUAUGACACAAUAUGACACAAUAUAACACAGUACAAUAUGACACAGUACAGUAUGACACAAUAUGACACAAUAUAACACAGUACAAUAUGACACAGUACAGUAUGACACAGUACAGUAUGACACAAUAUGACACAAUAUAACACAGUACAAUAUGACACAGUACAGUAUGACACAAUAUGACACAAUAUGACACAGUACAGUAUGACACAAUAUGACACAAUAUAACACAGUACAAUAUGACACAGUACAGUAUGACACAAUAUGACGCAAUAUGACACAGUACAGUAUGACACAGUACAGUAUGACACAAUAUGACACAAUAUAACACAGUACAAUAUGACACAGUACAGUAUGACACAAUAUGACACAAUAUGACACAGUACAGUAUGACACUGUACAGUAUGACACAAUAUGACACAGUACAAUAUGACACAAUAUGACACAAUACAAUAUGACACAAUAUGACACAAUACAAUAUGACACAGUACAAUAUGACACAAUAUGACACGAUACAAUAUGACACAGUACAAUAUGACACAAUAUGACACAAUACAAUAUGACACAAUAUGACACAGUACAGUAUGACACAAUAUGACACAAUACAAUAUGACACAGUACAGUAUGACACAAUAUGACACAGUACAAUAUGACACAGUACAGUAUGACACAAUAUGACACAGUACAAUAUGACACAAUACAAUAUGACACAAUACAAUAUGACACAAUAUGAAACAGUACAGUAUGACACAAUAUGACACAAUAUGACACAGUACAAUAUUACACAAUACAAUAUGACACAGUACAGUAUGACACAAUAUGACACAGUACAAUAUGACACAAUACAAUAUGACACAAUACAAUAUGACACAAUACAAUAUGACACAAUAUGAAACAGUACAGUAUGACACAAUAUGACACAGUACAAUAUUACACAAUACAAUAUGACACAGUACAGUAUGACACAAUAUGACACAGUACAAUAUUACACAAUACAAUAUGACACAGUACAGUAUGACACAAUAUGACACAGUACAAUAUGACACAAUACAAUAUGACACAAUACAAUAUGACACAAUAUGAAACAGUACAGUAUGACACAAUAUGACACAGUACAAUAUUACACAAUACAAUAUGACACAGUACAGUAUGACACAAUAUGACACAGUACAAUAUGACACAGUACAGUAUGACACAAUAUGACACAGUACAAUAUGACACAAUACAAUAUGACAGUACAGUAUGACACAAUACAAUAUGACACAGUACAGUAUGACACAAUAUGACACAAUACAAUAUGACACAGUACAGUAUGACACAAUAUGACAGUACAAUAUGACACAAUACAAUAUGACACAGUACAGUAUGACACAAUAUGACACAGUACAAUAUGACACAAUAUGACACAGUACAAUAUGACACAAUACAAUAUGACACAGUACAAUAUGACACAAUAUGACACAGUACAAUAUUACACAAUACAAUAUGACACAGUACAGUAUGACACAAUAUGACACAGUACAAUAUGACACAGUACAGUAUGACACAAUAUGACACAGUACAAUAUGACACAAUACAAUAUGACAGUACAGUAUGACACAAUACAAUAUGACACAGUACAGUAUGACACAAUAUGACAGUACAAUAUGACACAAUACAAUAUGACACAGUACAGUAUGACACAAUAUGACAGUACAAUAUGACACAAUACAAUAUGACACAGUACAAUAUGACACAAUAUGACACAGUACAAUAUGACACAGUACAAUAUGACACAGUACAAUAUGACACAAUAUGACACAGUACAAUAUGACACAGUACAAUAUGACACAGUACAAUAUGACACAAUAUGACACAGUACAAUAUGACACAGUACAAUAUUACACAAUAUGACACAGUACAAUAUGACACAAUACAAUAUGACAGUACAGUAUGACACAAUAUGACACAGUACAAUAUGACACAAUACAAUAUGAUAUGAUGUAAACUCCAUUAAACUCCGGGGAACCAAUCAAAGAUCAAUGAAGGAAACAUUCAGGUUGUCAUUAUUAUCCUGAUCUGAGCCAAUCACAGCGUCUUGUUGGACGUCCUACAGUCUCGUCCAGUUUCUGAACCCUAACAGUGUCUCUGUGUGCACCCUAACCCUAACCCUGUAGACCAUUACUGUAGUUGUUUUACCCAUAAUGCAUAGCUGUAUUUUGUGUCUUUUACUUACAACAUGAGAAAGUGAGUUUUUAUACAAAUAAAAACCGUCAAACAUU